AUGGCUGCACAGCUCUACAAGACUGCAAGUGGUCGACUCUUCCAUGCCGGUGCAGUAGCCAUCAUUACAGUUGGUCUACCUGCUCGUGGCAAAACACAUGUCUCCCGAUCAUUGUGUCGCUAUUUGCGUUGGCUUGGUGUUCCUACUCGGGUAUUCAGUGUUGGCAACUAUCGUCGAGAACGUAUGGGUUCUAUUCCCAACGACUGGUUUGAUCCCAGCAACAUUGACGCUAUCAAUGCAAGAGAAAAGAUUGCUGAAGAUUGCUUGGAUGAUAUGAUCAAUUGGCUUCAUGAUGGCGGUCAAGUGGGUAUCUACGACGGCAACAAUGUCACCGAAGCGAGGCGACGAGAGAUCCGCGAUAAGCUUUUAUCACACGAUAUUACUCCUCUCUUUAUUGAGUCAAUAUGUACGAAACCAGAGAUCGUGUAUGCAAACAUUCGCAGCGUCAAGAUUUCAUCGCCUGAUUAUGUUGGAUGGGAUCCCGAAGAGGCUGUACAGGAUUACAAGCAUCGUAUUGAACGACUCGAGCAACAUUAUGAGACCAUUUCCGAUACCUCGCUCCCCUUUGUCAAGCUUUUGAAUGUUGGAGAGCAAAUUAUUAUGAAUGGCGUCAUGGGUUACUUACAGUCGCGAAUCGUUUAUUACCUUAUGAAUUUGCAUAUUCGGCCAAGAAAAAUCUAUUUUGCUCGGACGGGCCGAACCUUCAAUGAAGCUACCGCUUACAAGGAAGAUCCCGAACUUUCCCCUGAAGGCUUUGAGUAUGCUGAGAAGCUGAAAAACUUUGUGAUGGCCUAUCGUGCACAAAAUUCCACACCUGAGGACAAAGAUCGACCUUUGACUGUGUGGACUUCGACGCGUAGAAAAGCAAGACAAACAGCUGAACCCUUUUUGGAAUCCGGCAUUGCUGUGCGACACCAUUCGGUAUUGACUCAAUUAAACCCAGGCGAAGUUGAUGGAAUGACACCUGCACAGAUCAAGGAAAAGUUCCCAGAGGAAGUAAAACGAGCCCGCCAAGACCCUUACCGACAUCGAUUCCCACGUGCUGAGUCGUACCAUGAUUUGGCUGUGCGGCUCGAAGCAAUCAUUAUGGAACUUGAACGCGAGAAGCAUGAUGUACUCAUUAUCGGUCACGAAACAGUAUUAAAAUGCUUGUAUGCAUAUCUCUUUGAUCGACCUGAUUCUGAUAUCCCCACCAUCUCUGUGCCUCGUAGCUUUUUGAUUGAGAUUACACCUUCCGCAUACGGUUGCAAGGAAACACGUAUGGAGAUUACAGGAUGA